AUGAUAUCCCUCAGUGGCCUCGACAGUCCUGACCUCUAUACGAUCGCCUGGAUCGCGGCUCUUCCCAUCGAGCGGGCCGCUGCGGUAGCGAUGCUCGAUGAGGAACAUGCAGCUCCAACCGGCUUCAAUCGACACCAAAGCGACGCGAACGUUUAUACGUGGGGCUGUGUGGGAGAGCAUAACGUCGUCGUUGCCUCUCUGGCUGCUGGGGACUACGGAAUCACUUCUGCUGCGACAACGACCUCAAGUCUGCUUGCCUCUCUACCAUCCAUCCGCGUUGGACUUUGUGUGGGCAUAGGCGGCGGCAUCGCUCGACCGGAUGAGGGCCACGAUAUUCGGCUCGGUGACGUUGUCGUGAGCCAGCCCUGUGGGACCACGGGCGGGGUCUGCCAGUACGACUUAUUUAAGGCAAAGUCGGAUGAUAAGCGUGAGCGCAAAGGCUUCCUCGGACGGCCUCCAACGGUCCUCCUCAAUGCGCUUACUAGCAUCCAGGCCGAUCACGAGCGGAAAGACUCUAAGGUUCCAUGCUUCCUUCAAGAGAUGCUACAGAAGAACCCGAAGAUGGGCAAGAGAUCUAAGCAAAAUCCUGGCUAUGCUCACCAGGGCUUCGAAAACGACCGUCUGUUCAUAGCUUCAUGCGACCACGUCCUUGGCCCGGACUGUCGGGGCUGUGACCCGGCUGAUGAGGUUCAACGCGAACCUCGAGACACUACCGACCCCGAUAUACACUACGGGACCAUUGCAUCCGGCAACACACUCGUCAAAGACGCCGCUACGCGCGAUCGAAUUGUUGCUGAACUUGGCGAGGAUUGUAUUUGCUUUGAGAUGGAAGCGGCCGGCCUGAUGAACCACUUUCCGUGUCUUGUGAUCCGAGGGAUCUGCGACUACGCCGAUUCUCACAAGAACGAUCGAUGGCAACGCUACGCCUCGGCGACCGCCGCUGCGUUUGCCAAGGAGCUUCUGGCGAACGUGCCGGUCGCAGAGGUCCAAGAGACCAAAAGGGCACUAGAAGUGCUUCAGUUAGUUCAACAACAUAUUGAUAGCGUACAGCAAACGACAGUUGCAACGAAAGCUAUAAUUGAUUCCAUCAAGUCUGACCUUCGUACCGAUAAGAUCAGGCGCUGGCUUUGUCCCCCGGAUCCGUCUACAAACGCUAACCACGCAAGGACGCUUCGCCAUGAAGGAACAGGCGUAUGGCUCCUGAGAAGCUACGUCUUCCAGUCGUGGCUCUCGGGGUCGGGUCGACAUUUAUGGCUACACGGGCUUGUGGGAUGCGGAAAGACGGUUCUUUGUGCGACUGUGCUUGAUCAUCUCGCGAAAGCAAACGACGGUCUUAUCCUCAGCUUCUUCUUUGACUUUAGCGACCCCACUAAACAGACCUUAGAUGGAAUGCUGCGCUCGCUUGCUUUCCAACUUUGCCAAGGCGAAGUUAGCUCUACAACCUAUUUUGAUGACUUAUUCAAAGCACACCGGAAUGGCAGCGACCAGCCUACUACAAAGUCGCUCUCAGAUUUCGUUCUUCAGAUUCUCUUAGUUCAGAAGAGGGUCUCGAUCGUUCUAGAUGCAUUAGACGAAUCGAAAACAAGGGGUGAUGUUCUUAUAUGGAUCAGGGACGUCGUUUCCAGGCCAGAUUUUGUCCAUGUCCAGAUGAUUUAUACUAGUCGACCUGAAUCCGAGUUUCUGCGCUAUAUUCCACCUUUGAUAGGAUUGCAAAAUUGCCUAGCCCUUGACAAACAGGCCAUUAACUCCGAUAUUCGAUCGUGGGUAUCAGCACAACUUUCUCAACGGCCUGAUUUUACAGGAAUGCCCUUAUCCCAGGAUCUUCUCAACGGGAUCCGGAGGAAGGUUAGCGAUAGGGCCGACGGAAUGUUCAGGUGGGCGUUCUGUCAACUAGAUAGCCUAGCUCGCUGUUGUCAUGAGGCAGCUAUAGAGGAGGCUCUCGCAUCUUUACCACUGGACCUCAAUGAGACAUACCGGCGUAUGAUCGCAAGUAUACCGACGGAACUAAGGAAUGACGCAAUACGUCUACUCCAAUUCCUAGUACACUCUAAGCGACCUCUCAAACUAGCCGAGGCUAAAGAAGUUAUAGCGACGCAGAUCGAAAACGAGUCGCGAGGGUUUUACAUCAAGCGUCGAUUGUUUCACGAGUCUGAUAUUUUGAAUUACUGUCCUAGCUUAGUGACAGUCGUUCACGGCAACGAUAAAGAGUUGCAUCUUGCCCACUUUUCCGUCAAAGAGUACCUUCUCGAGCAGAAUCAUUUCAAACUCCCGACUGCCAGCAUUUCUAUCACGAGGACAUGCUUGACUUAUCUCACAGAUAUCAACGGUAGCUAUAGAAAUAUCAAGCGGGAUUUUCCUAUGGCAAGAUAUGCGGCGGAGGUCUGGGUAGGCCAUGCUGCGUUGGCUCAGGCUUCGGAAGAUAUAACUCGAAUGACAAUCAGCUUCCUAGACGAGGAAACGACAUUUCUACGAUGGACGCAUUUGUACCAGGUCGAUAGAGAUUGGGACAAUAACCCAGGUCCUCCACGAGGUUCCAGGCUCUACUAUGCAUGCUUCAUUGGGCUAGUAGCGCCUACACGGUAUCUUAUUAGCAAUAGAGCGGACAUCAAUAUGCAGGGCGGGAAAUACGGUAACGCUCUUCAGGCCGCCUCAUCUAGAGGCCACCAAGAGAUUGCCAAGUUGCUGUUGGACAACGGAGCAGACGUUAACGCGCAAGGCGGCGAAUAUAACAACGCUCUUUAUGCUGCCUCGUCAGGAGGCUAUCAAGAGAUUGUUAAACUGCUCUUGGACAGGGGAGCGGACGUCAACGCGCAGAGCGGCGCACACGGCAACGCUCUAUAUCCCGCCGCAGAGAGAGGCCAUCAAGAGAUUGUCAAAAUACUCUUGGAUAGGGGAGCGGACGUUAACGCGCAGGGUGGCCGGUACGGCAACGCUCUAUAUGCUGCCACAGAGAGAGGCUAUCAAGAGAUCAUCAAUCUGCUCUUUCAAAACGGAGUAAACAUCAACGCCAAUACUCUAUAUACUGCUAUGAAGGAAGGCCGUCAUAAGAUUAUCAAACUACACUUGGAUAAGGGAGCGAGCAUCAACACGCAGGACCGCGACUACAGCAAAGCCCUACAUACCGCCGCAAAGGAAGGCCAUCAAGAGAUUAUCAGAAUGCUCUUAGAUAACGGAGCGGACGUCAACACGCAGGGCCGUGACUACGGUAACGCUCUGUAUGCCGCCGCAGAGAGAGGUCAUCAAGAGAUUGUGAAAUUGCUCCUAGGUAAGGGAGCGGACGUCAACGCACAGGGCGGCGCAUACGGUAAUGCUCUCCAGGCUGCCUCGUCGAGAGGCUAUACAAAUAUUGUCAAACUCCUCUUAGACAAGGGAGCGGACGUCAACGUGCAGGGUGGCGUACACGGCAGUGCUCUCCAAGCUGCCUCGUCGGGAGGCCAUCCAGAGAUUGUCAAACUGCUCUUAGACAAGGGAGCGGACGUCAACGCACAGGGCGGCGCAUUCGGAAACGCUCUGUAUGCCGCCGCAGAGAGAGGCCGUCAAGAGAUUGUGAAAUUGCUCUUGGAUAAGGGAGCAAACGUCAACGCACAGGGUGGCGCAUACGGUAAUGCUCUCCAGGCUGCCUCCUGCGACCGCGGAAACGCUUUAUAUGCCGCCGCAGAGAGGGGCCAUCAAAAGAUCAUCAAAUUACUCUUAGAUAAGGGAGCAGACGUAAAUGCGCAGGGCGGCCGCUACGGUAAUGCUUUAUAUACCGCCGCAAAGGAAGGCCAUCAAGAGAUUAUCAGAAUGCUCUUAGGUAACGGAGCGGACGUCAAUACGCAGGACCGCUACUAUAGCAACGCUCUGUAUGCUGCCUCGUUAGAAGGACAUCAAGAGAUUGUCAAAUUGCUCUUGGAUAAGGGAGCAGACGUCAACGCACAGGGCGGCGCAUACGGUAAUACUCUCCAGGCUGCCUCGUCGGGAGGCUAUCCAGGGAUUGUCAAACUGCUCUUAGACAAGGGAGCGGACGUCAACGUGCAGGGUGGCGUACACGGCAGUGCUCUCCAAGCUGCCUCGUCGGGAGGCCAUCCAGAGAUUGUCAAACUGCUCUUAGACAAGGGAGCGGACGUCAACGUGCAGGGUGGCGCAUACGGCAACGCUCAAUCUGCGGCUGUAAAGAGAGGUCAUGAAGAGAUUGUCAAACUACUUCAAAGAAGGAGUGCUAUUACACCUUCUUCAAAGCGGUCCGGCUCAGGGACUCCAAGCAGGCCGACGAAGAAACUUUGUCUCACGGACUCUGAACCUUCUGAUCAAACCCAAUAA